AUGACCGGCGACAGCUCUGAUGAUGAGGAGCUUGCCCCCAUAAAGCUCAGUGCAGAAGCGCAGGCUAUAUUAGGAGAAGUUGACUCGCAGUCGGGAACGAACAAGGAAAAUUGGGCGCCAGAGGUCCAAAAUGCGAAGGCGAUGGGCGAACCACACCGAGAGGGCAGAGGCACUCCCAUUGAUAUACUCAGGAAGUCUAGCCCGCUCCAUCACAGGGAUGGUAGCCCUGCUCCACGCCUCGUUCGAGUCACUGCGGGCGCUCGUCCUGGACCACAUGUGAUCUUGGGAAGGGAUGGAUCGUUCAUGUACAAAAUCCACGAAAGAUCAGCUGCGCGUUUUCAUCCAGAAUCCCACGACUCACAAACCCCCGCCCCACGGAUACGGCGGAUUCGCAUAAGCGACUCAAGGCGUCUGUCAAGAUCGCCACCCUCCAAGCAAGCAUCCGACUCAGCCCAGCAGCAACAGCCGCUGGGAGACGCACCCCAAUCCUCCGGCCGUUCCCACAGCCCGCAGUCUCAUGAACCUCACAGCAGCCCGGAAGAGGAAGGUGCUGCAAUACCGUCCACAACCAGGCGAUCCCGACGAGGUGAAGAGAAUGGGGCUCAGAGUACGAUGCGAGUCCGACGUGUAGGGGGCGCCUUGCUGAACAGACCUGUAAGGAGAGGAAUGGUGCGCCGCCAGAGCGAAGAGGAGGACGUAAGCUUGGAGCACCAAGAAGGCGAACGCUCGAGAACUCCCGAGAUCGAAAUGGGUCGCAGAGCCAAAGAACCUGAUCUGGAAGAUUUACCGGAUGAUUUACUCGCCCUUCAAGGCAGUCCAAAACGGGUCAGACCAUCUCAAAUCUCGUACAAGCCGAUAUCGCCCGAGCAGCCCAAGGAACAACCCCAGGAUCAGCAACAGGAGCAAGCAAUUCCCGAUCCAGCACCAUCGAGACCUGCAUCUGUCCACGGGUCUGCUCUACCAACGCCUGGCACUCGUGAGUCGCAGCCGUCGUCGAAAACUUCCAGUAACCAAAGGAAUCCAAUCUUCAAAAUCCCUCCUUUACCAUCACACCCCUCAGCACAAGAUCAAGAAAAUGAACCACCGCCAACUUUUCGAAGAGCAAAAGCCACCUCUGCAAUUCUGGAGGUGCAUGAAGACGAGCCUCAUUUGGACCAGAAACAGGCAGACCCUGUACCGCCACAGUCCUCCCCGUCCCGACAACCACUAGCAGCCAGAUCGAACAAUGUUGCCCAUAGACCGGCUCCUGCUCCACCGCCAAAGAUGUCCAUUCUAGAUGCAGCCACUUCGAAUGCAGGAUCUAGAAACAAGAAAUCGGUCCAUUACGUUCUGAAUGGGAAGACGUACAGGCGGCUUGACUGCAUAGGGCGAGGAGGGUCUUCCAGGGUCUUCCGAAUCAUGGCGGAGAACUACAAGAUCUUUGCCUUGAAAAGGGUAAAUCUCGAGGAGGCUGAUAUGGCAGCAAUAGCUGGAUACAAGGGUGAAAUUGAUCUGUUGAAGAAACUCGAAAAUGUGGACAGAGUCAUCCGCCUAUAUGAUUACGAAGUCAAUGAGGAGAAAGGCGUGUUGAACGUGAUGAUGGAACUGGGUGAAUCCGACUUCAACAAAAUGCUCAACGAGCAGCUGAAGGCCGAUAACGCCAAACUGGACAUCACCUUCACGCGACACUAUUGGAAGGAGAUGCUAGAAUGUGUCCAGGCAGUCCAUGACUAUGACAUUGUUCAUUCCGACCUCAAGCCGGCGAAUUUCCUGCUGGUGAAAGGACAGCUCAAGCUGAUUGAUUUUGGAAUCGCCAACGCCAUCCAGGACGACACAGUCAAUGUGCACCGCGAAAAUCAGAUCGGAACUCCCAACUACAUGAGCCCCGAGUCUCUGGUAUGCCACACCCCAGCAACGGGAUCCGCACCCGGGACGAAACUGCUGAAACUGGGCAAACCUAGCGAUGUCUGGAGUCUAGGCUGCAUCCUAUACCAAAUGACAUACGGGCAGCCACCAUUUGCACACAUCGCCAAACAAUUUGAACGGAUCAUGAGUAUCCCGAACCCGAAAGUCGAGAUUCAAUUUCCCAACACGGGCAUUGGCGGAGCAGUUGUGCCCUUCGGGCUGAUCAAGACAUUAAGGCGCUGUCUCACGCGUGAGCAAUCUCUGCGGCCUACUAUCAAGGAACUCCUGAACGAGUCAGACCCAUUUCUCAACCCGGUUGCGAUCAGUCCUGAUAUGCUGGGUCGGGUCAUUGGGAACGUUGUCGGCUACUGUCGGCGGAGAGAAGAAGCGAUGAGAGCGAGAGGCGAGAUCACUGCCGCAGAAGGGGUUAGUUGUCUCCCCAAGGAUGAGGAGAUGAAAGGAUGGCCUUUGGCAUUUUACGAAAAGUUGAGACAGGCGCAGGAAGAGGGCACAGCCUGGUAG